CGUCUUCGGAUUUGUGCGAUUCUUGGCGCGCAGCAGUUUUUAGCGUUGGUUUCGCGUGUGGCUUCCGAUUCGGUUGUGGACGUGGACUCUCUCAGAUAGACACUCACACACACACACACACAUGCAAAUACGUAUACGUAUAUGUACAGAUACACGCGCGCAGCAUAAUAAAAAGAGCAAGCAAUAGAAAUUGGAACAACCAAUAAAAAAAAGUGACCAGUUCAAUUAAAAAGAGUGUGCUACAACAACAACAGCAACAACAACAACAACAGCAACAACAAUAACAACAGUGAUAAACAUGUUAAAAAUGCGUUACAAAAAUUGUGAAAAUGGUUGAGAAAAUAUUGAGAGCAAAGCCAGAACUUGCUCCAGAAAGUGUUUAAAUAUCGAAUUUAUUCUAUAUACCAAUAUAUACAUAUAUAGAGAAGAUAUACACACAACCACAAAGCAUAUUUGAAGAAGUGCAAGUGCAAUCGGCCCGUGGUGCAAUACAAUUAUUGAAAACAAGCAAAGGAAAUACGCAAAAAAGUUAAAAUUCAAACCAACAAAUAUAACAAAGAUAUAUUACUAUAUUCAUAAUCGAUCCAAUCCAAUCAAUUUAUACUCCACCCGUUCAAUCAAACAAUCAAGACGAACUCUCUCGAAAACGCUGUUGUAUAUAUUUCCAGAAAAUACAAUACAAUAAUAUAUACCUAUAUAUACAUAUAACCUAUAUAUCGUCAUCUCAGAAUCUUUCCCAAAAUACAAUCAGUCAAAAGUCGUCCAUUGUACAUACAUAUAUACGAAAAGCAAUAAAUCAAUAUAAAUAUCUAUAUACAAAUCCCACAUCAAGGGCUCUGUGUGCUAUCUAAGGAAUAUGAAAUAAACACAAAAUAUAUAAAUACUAUAUACCCACUCGUACUACUCCCCGUUCAUUAUCUUAUGCAUAUAUAUAUUUAUGUCUUCCUCCCAUUGUUUUUCAUCAACUGAACGAAUAUUCAAUAUUUUGCGCAAGAAGAAAAACCAAAAAUUUCUGUCCAUCGCCUGGGUCAACUGACAAUGAAGUUGUGCAGCAUGAACGGGCCAAGUGAAUCAGAAGUCGAAAGCCUACUGAUGAGCCCCUGCUGGGGACCCACACAGACAAGCAGCCAGGAUCAGUAUCUGCUGGACGGACACAAGCUGCUGCUGGAGCACGAGCUCGACUCGCUGCCGAGCGAUGCGGAUCAGAAGAACUCACUGGAUGUGCUGGAUAAUCUGCUGUUGAAUAGCUCCUCGCUGAAUGCCCUGUCCGACCUGAAGCCGCUGCCUCCGUUCACUGGCUACACCGGGCAUCUGUCCAUCAAUGGCAUCUCGGGGCAUCACUACCACGCGAUUGCCCAGCGGCUGCCCGACGAGAGCAAUAACAACUACAUACAGAGCGCCUACCAGCAACACCAUCAGCAUCAGCAUCAACAGCAGCAACAGCACCAACACCAGCACCAACAGUCGAACAACAACAACAACAAUCCGAAUGCGAAUCCCACGUCCACAACGGCAGCGACGACGACGUGCAGUGGGACAGGCGGGGUGGGCGGUGGCGGCGGGGGCGGCAGCGGAGGCUCCUCGCAGGAGCACAAUAUCGUAUCCUCAUCCACCUGCCUGCCCGAGAGCGUGCUCAGCGCGGAUGCGGACGCCUGCCUCAACGAUGUCAAGCUCUUUGCCGAUAGUCAGUUAGAUUCUAAGCUCUACUCCGUAGCGGACAGCUGUGUUAUAAACGCCUCCAAUCCGGGCGGCAAUGGUGGAGGCGGAGGUGUCUCCUCGCUGGCCAGCAGCGGGUCGACGCUGACACCGAUCGACCAGGUGGCCGACUCGCUGCACGGCAGCGGAGUGCGCAUCUACAAGGAUCUGACCGAGUACGUGGACAUGAAUAGCAUCGAUGACAUCGCCGCGAUCAUUGGCUCGGCGAUAGCGGACACCACGGUGCCCAAUCAGCUGGACAAGGAGGAGGGCAACGACACGCGCGACAGCUGGAUGGAUCUGGAUGCCUGGAUCGAUGGCAACUGCAUUCAGCCCGAGGGCAAGGUGCUCGUCUCCCAGCAGGACACGCUCAGCGACUUCAUGCUGCCCCACUCACCGCUGCCGGUGCACGCGAGCAGCUCCACGCUGCAGAGUCUACUCAGCCAUGGCUACAUGCCGCUGCUGCAGAAUCGCCUGCAGCACGGACCACCUGGGGCGGGCAAUGCGCCCGGCGGCUCCUCGGCGGCAGCGAAUGCCCUGAAGAGCGAGACGCCCAGUUCUACCUCAUACUGCAACGAGCUGUCGGCAGCCAGCAGCAGCUGCAGUCCGCCGGGCUCGGUGGUCAGCACCACGGACAACAAUCUGAUGAUCAAUCCGCGCUAUCUGACCAACAAUCCCAAUCCCAACCAGCAACAGCAGCAGCAGCAGCAACAGCAGCAGACAGCCUACCAGCUGACGCCCAAUGGCCUCUCCGGCAGUGGGCUGAAGGACGGCGGACUCUGCAGUCCGGACAUGCUGAGCAAUUAUCCGCAUACGACGAGCACCACAAAUGCGCCCACGGGCACGCCCAAGGCUAAGCGGUCCAGGGCACAGAAGAAGUCCAGCCAGCAGCAGCAACAGCAGCAGAUCCAGGGCGACAACGGGGCGUCACAGCUGAACGCCAUGUCGCCGUCGGGCGUGGCCAGCUUCAAUGCCAGCGAUCUGAGCGGGCUGCUGGGCAAGGAGAAGCCGGUGCAUCGCUGCAGCAUCUGCAAUCGCGGCUUCCUGAACAAGUCAAACAUCAAGGUGCACCUGCGCACGCACACGGGCGAGAAGCCCUUCCGCUGCGACGUGUGCGCCAAGGCCUUUCGCCAGAAGGCGCACUUGCUCAAACAUCAACAGAUACAUAAGAGAAUUGGGCGUGACUGACCGCGGCCACAAUCACAACCCGCUCGCCACUAGCAACAGCCACUUCGAUAGGCAGCAACUGUUUCUGCCCGCACAAUUGAGCACUCAGUCGCUUCCGUGUGCUCUGCUCGAGAGAAAGUGCCCGCCAAAGCCACCCGCCCACCACACUCCACGCACCACUCCACGCACCGCACACCGCAAUCUCGGGCCGAACUGGCAACUGGAUGUGUGCAUGGAUGGGUCUUUGGGUGCGGCAGCUUCUCGUGUAUCGCAUUGCUUGACCAGAGCCACUGUGGAUCGCCUCUCGGCGUUCCCAGACCGUUUGCCAUCCUCCUGCUGCUGCCCCAAUCACAGCUCACAGCAGCAGGGUGAAGCAAUGCCAUACACAUAGCACUUGAUAUUCGUUGUUGUUGGUUGCUUUUGAUCUCUUCGCCUCUUUUGGUAGUUAGUCCAAUGAAUCCGGUUAUAGGUAGCAUAUGUAGUAUACGGUCUAGCCAAAAUAUAUCUAGAUGAAUUAAAGUUGCUU